UCAAGAUGGUCGCCUACAGUAAGAAACAUAACUGAAUCAGCGAUGGGGGAAUUCAGAGUUCAUCGAGUUCGAUUUUUUGAGUAUCAACCAAAAGCGAUUCAGUGUAUUGUUUAUGGAAAAGAAGUAAAUAAGGUUGCAUUAUCCAGGUCUGAUGGAUGUAUUGAGACUUGGGACUUAAAAAAUGAUUGGUAUCAAGAUAAAGUAAUACAAGGGAGUGAAUCCAAAUCAAUAGAGACUUUGUGCUGGCAAGGAGAGAGAUUAUAUUCAGCUGGUCUGGAUGGGGAUGUGGUGGAAUAUGACCUAAAGAAGCUAGAACCUAAGGCCUCAGCAUCAUCGAAUGCUGGACCUGUAUGGUGUUUAACUACAGACUCACAUGGGAAAUUUCUGGCUGCCGGUACAGAAGAUGGUUGUGUGGUUUUGUUUGACACAGACUAUAAUUCUCUACAGUAUUACAGAUCUUUUGACAAGCAGGAAGGGAGAAUCUUGUCUAUUGCUUGGAACACCAGUUUGGAGGUCAUCCUUACAGGUGGUGUUGACAACAUGAGACUGUGGAGUGUUAAAUCAGGUCACGCUGUACAGAGAAUGACUCUGGGGAGGGUGGAGAAGAGCAAGGAGACCAUCGUGUGGUGUGUGGCCAUCCUCAGUGACAUGACGCUGGUCAGUGGAGACUCCAGAGGGAGAACCAUUUUUUGGAAUGGAAAACAAGGAACUCAAAUAAAGAGCUUUCAAAUGCACCAAGCUGAUGUUUUGUGUUUAGCUGUUCACCAGGAUGAAAAGCAAGUGUUCUCCUCUGGGGUGGAUCCCAAGGUGGUGCAGUUCCAGUACACCACAACGAGUCGAGAGAGCGACUGGAAGAUGUGGGUCAGAACCAAAAUCUGGUACCAACACACCCACGAUGUGCGGGCUAUGGCUGUAACUCCCACUGAUGUUGUGUCUGGGGGUGUGGACACAACUCUUCUAGCUAAUCGACUUGGUAAUGAGAAAAACAAAAGAAAAAUGAGAUCAAUCCCCAUGCAUCAGUUGGUGGGCGUGGCUAAGGACAGAAAUGCCCUCCUGCUGCAGUACCCUGACUACCUGGAGCUAUGGAGACUGGGAAACACCAGGAAAACCUCGGAGAAAGAUGGGGAGGUUUUACCUGAGGAAAUCCCUCCACAGAAGCUGAUCCAGCUGAAGACAAAAGAUGGGCAGCAUAUUGCCUGUAGUGCAAUAAGUUCUCGUGCAAACUGGAUGUCAUACUCAGACAUAGAUGGCUUCAAGCUGUACAAAAUAACAAUGACUGACACAGAAUCCAUCUCACCAUCAGUUGAUCUCAGGAAGGUGAAAAAAGGCCUUCAUUCCUAUUCAGCUCAUCGAAUUGUUUUCACCCCAGAUGAAAAGUUCUUGGUGAUAGCUACAUCCUGUCAAAAAAUUGUAGUUAUCUCCCUUGACGAGGACUCUGUGUCUCUGUAUCAUGCAUGGGAUGAUUACACAGAGGAGUCUAUACACCAGCUGAGUGUCAGCCCCAACAGUAAACUGGUGGCUGUAGCUGACCUGUCCUACAAAAUAACAGUGCUGGGGGUGGAGUCCAAGGAGGUUGUCUCUCAGUUGCCCAGCUAUAAAUCAACAGUAACUGCUAUGACCUUCACUCCAGACAGUCGUAAUCUGAUCACUGCACAUGCAGAUCAAAAGAUUUAUGAGUUCGAUGUCGAGAAAAAGGAAUACAGUGACUGGUGUCGGGAGGUGUGUAACAAGUUCCCGAACGCCUGGAAGAAGAGGCAUCAGAUCAUCCACCAUAUCUCCACCUCUCCACGCUAUCCCGAUAAAAUAUUCUUUUGUGAUCUAGACAAGUUUUUCAUCUUAGACAAAACACAGCCAUUCCCAAGCAUAGGAUCUAAACCUUUCAAUUUGGUAGCCAGACCAAAUUCUUCCAAAGUGUCAGCGUUUCAUGUUUGUACAAGAUUUCGCUAUCUUAUUCAUAUGGACUUCGUUAAUGAUGAUUGGGUUGUUAUGGUAGAACGCACAAAACUAGCCAUGAUGGAGUCGCUUCCAAUGGCAAUGCAACAGAAGAAAUUUGGAACUUGAGGAAAAUGUUCUAUAUUUUGUGUAUUGUGAAUUUCAAAACUACAUUUUUAAGAAAUUGAGGAGAACCAUGCUGUUCUAUCAAAAAACAAUUGGGAUCUGUUACAUGUCAUGCAUGCAUGCUAAAUUUGAUCAUGAGAAAGCAUGCAUUGAUUUAUGUACUAUGCAACAUAUGCUUUACUCAAAGUCACCUUCAGACAGAUGGGAUUAUGUUUUAUUUGUAACUAUUUUCAUUCUUGUGAUAAUGAAUGCAUACACACACAUUUCUUAAGUAUGUGUCUAUACAAUUUCAUGUACAUACAUGUAUUGAUCAUAUAGCCAUGAUCUGUGUGAUUAACUGAUUAUCCUACAAUGGGAUUACUGGGCAAUAAAACUUAAAUCAUAA